AUGUGUAUUUCACCUUGCAAUAGAUGUUACAACACAACUUAUUGCUUAUCAUGUGAUUCACAGUAUUAUCUCUCUUCUUCUUUUACGUGUGAACCACUUGGCGAUUUAUCCACAAAGUGUGAAUUGACACUUCCAACGGGUAGUGGAUGUGCAAUUUGCAAAGACAAAUAUUAUAAACGAGAAACUGAUUGUAUUGCUUGUGAUGAGUCGUGUGGUACUUGUGUUGAUGGUGAUUCGUGUUUGAGUUGUCAAACUGAAUAUUUCAAACUUUAUAACACUGAAAAUAAAUUGUGUGUGUCAUAUGACAAUUUGACCAACUGCGAAACUAAAACGUCAAUUGGAUGUCUAAAAUGUGUAAAUGGAUAUUAUUUGGAUAAUUACAUUUGCGAGACUUGUUUUGAAAACUGCAUCUCAUGUGACAAUUACCAAAACUGCAAUAAUUGUGUUGAAAAGGAUUUUGUAUUGGUUGACUCUGAAUGUGUGAGUUACAAAAGUGUCGAGUUUUGUUUGUCUGCAAACAAUUCAAAGUGUAUCAAAUGUGAUGGAUUUUACAAACCAAGUGAGGCUGGUGAUCACGAUCAGGCUACGUAUUUCCAAUUUUUACCAAUAUUUAAAAAACAAACAAUAAAACACACAAAAAACAAACAAGAUACCAAAAACA